CCGAAAAGGAGGAGGCGCCAAGCGUUCUUCCCUUCCUUUGGUUGCGUGCUGAUAGAUAAGUAAGGACCCCCACCGCCCGCCCUGAGGAAUGCGAUCACAUCGGAGGGAAUCGAGUCAUUGUGUCGCUUUCUCUCGGCUCAUUCAGAGACGCUCCAACAUGCAGCAGCUGCUGAUCCUCCCCGUGCUGCUCUCAUCCCUCUGCACGGUGUGCGCCGGAGCAGGAGGCUGGUGCUACUACAGCCAGUCAACCUGCGAUCAUCCGUGCAACGUACCAGAGAAGUGGGCCGGCGGCAACGUGGACUGUGGAGGAAAAUCCCAGUCACCCAUCAAUAUCGUCACCAGGAAGACUGUGAAAGAUGAGCGUCUGACUCCGAUAGAGUUCAAAAACUACCAGCAGACCUUCAAAAAUUCUCUCACCAACAACGGCCACUCGGUUAAGGUCAACAUUCCUAUAACCAGCACCAUCUCGGGCGGAGACCUGUCGACCACAUACAAGGCCGUGCAGUUUCACCUGCACUGGGGCAAAGAUGGCGGGCCCGGCUCUGAACACACCAUCGACGGGGAGCAGUACCCCAUGGAGUUGCACAUCGUUCACAUGAAGAGCAGUUAUGCCGACCUGACAACAGCCCUGCGGGAUCCAAACGGGGUCGCAGUUCUCGGGUUUUUCUAUGAGGUGUCCAAGAGUCCAAACCGAAUGUACGACACCAUCAUCAAUGGGGUGCAAAGUGUCGCAUCAAAAAAUGUGAGCUUCUCUCUGCCCUCCAUCUCCCUGGCACAGCUGAUCCCUCCUGAGCAGAAACUGACUUCCUACUACCGCUACAGGGGUUCCCUGACCACCCCGCCGUGUUCCGAGUCUGUGGUCUGGACUGUGUUUGAAACCCCUAUCCCUCUGAGCAUGGACCAGAUGAAAGCUUUCUCCACGGUCCAGUUCUACGACGGCACAUCGAUGGUAAACAACUUCAGGCCUGUCCAGCCCCUCAACGGCCGACUGGUGUACCGCUCAGCAGGCGCCACGCUCUGGGUCAGCUCAGCCCUCCUCGCGGCUGCCCUCACAACGGCACUGGGGCUGUCCCAGCCCAACUAACAAGCGAGUCAUCCCACGCUGCACUGCGACAUCGAUAAGACCCAACAGACCUACGCCGGUCCUCAGCUGAGACUCCAACGUAGUUCUGACACGUUUGCAAAAAGACAAUGGACCACGUCGUAGUGUAGGGAUCGCUCAAUUGGUGUUUCCCCCCUUGUGACCCAAAUGACGGAGGUGUGUUAGAAACGCCUCAAGGAAGGUGACGUAAGGGUUCAAUCAGCAUCCAUGCAUGUAGUAGUGAAGUAGUAUCUCUUAUGAAUGUGCCAUAAAUCAAGUUACUGGGAAAUCUACCUGGGUAAUCAAACUCAACACCAAGUCUUCUCUUUGGACUGGAUUUUGAUUUUCUCUUUGAAGCUCUGUUCUGAGAACCAGUGCGCACGCACGCACGCACGCACGCACGCACGCACGCACGCACGCACGCACGCACACACACACACACACACACUCUCUCUCUCUCUCUCUUUUCACAACUUUAGUUUUUAUGUUAACUCAUCCACCUUGUCCAAUGUCAGGUAAAUUUAGUAUCUGUUAAUACCAGUGUGAGUUGCCAAUGGUUUACGGGUCAGCCCCAUGACUUGGCACAUGAUGUAUUGUUAUUAACGGAGCAUGUGAAAGGGAUGGAGUAAUAGUUAUAGAUAGACUGAGUCGUAAAAAAAAAAAAAAAAAAAAAAAAGCACCGCAAUUCAAAGCGAGACGUCAAAGGAGAAUGCAGAUCUCAUAAAGUACAGCAGGUCACCUCUGCAGUCGGGUCAAGGCCCCUCAGACCGGUCAGCAGCUCUGUUCUGAACCUGCAUGUGAGGGAGGCCUUGCUGUAGCUCACCAGAAACCAUGAAGAACAGCUGCAUGAAAUCCUGAAAGCCUGGCAGACUCCCUGUCCACAGAGUCACUUGGGGGCAAAGACACAGAUGCUAACAUCCCAGGAGUCGAAGAUAGCACCAGCCCGCUGUUAAAGACGGAUCACAGCCACAUAACCAAGGUUUUUAUGCACAUCAUAUUUGAAGAGCAUGACUGCAUGCUGUGAUGCUCCAGAUGUUUGAGAUAAACUACCUGGCUGCUGGAAGUGGGCUUCCCAAAUUCACAAAGUGUUUCCCCAGAACAGGCGCUUCAAUUUCACAGGAGCUUGUUUUUCAAAACCGCAGUCGUUUCCAUGGCUUGUAUUACCGGCAUUCGGAUGUAUGGAUAAUUGUUGACAGAGAGUCGUACCCUGCUCAGCUCUAUUUUGUUGUCAUUUUGUUUUGUUUUUUGUUUCAAGAAAACAUUGCCAUUUAUAGAGAGGAAUAUGUGCAAUUUGGCAGCAAGGACUGUUGUUACAGUGAGGAAGGAUCAUCUGUGUAUUUUCCAUUGCUUCAGAAUCCAGUUAUAUUUCUAUGUGGUGUCAUUUUACACACGUAUUUAUGUACUGAGUGUGCAUAUUAAGAGAUGCGAUGCACAGUUAUUGUUAUUUAUGUAUUGCGCCAUUCAUAUAGAAUGCAAACCUAUGUAUGAAGCUUGAAACUGUUUAUUUGUACUCUUGAAGUGUUUGGGACUCCGGGUUGUAAUGCUUGAAAGUGUCGUAUAAAAAUAGAAUGUUACUGUUGCUAAAUAAACUAUAUGACUUUUUAAAG